AUGGGCGAGCAGGUGCCGCGCGCCCUUUCUCUCCCCACGGCGCUGCUCCUGUGUCUCCUCAUCGCGUUGGUGUACGUGUCAGCCCUGUACGUCAGGCCGCCGCGGCGCAAGUCCGGGCCGCCCGCGAGCAGGCAGGACGACCACGCCAUCAAGCGCCGCGCUGCAGCGGUGCUGUGUGCCUGCGCCCUCACGUGGGUUCCAGUGCACUACGCGUCCCGGGAAACGACCGGGCUCGCAGGCACCCUCGACGUGCUGUCGCUCGGGCGUCAGGGCAGGCGGCUGCUGCCCGUCCUCGCGGCGGUCGCGCACGUCUGCGUCCUGUACGCCGGCCCGAUCCUCCUUUACGUCGUCGCCAAGCUGACCGCGCGGCGGCGGUCGCGGGCGGCCGGGGAGAGCCUGGCGUGGGCUCUGCUCGACAGGCGGACGCCGUGGCAGGCAGCGCGGGACCUGUGCAUCGCGCCGGUGACCGAGGAGUGGGCGUUCCGCGCGUGCAUGGUGCCGCUGCUGGGCAUGACAGGGGUCCUGAGCCACGGCCAGACCGUGGCGCUGACGCCGCUCUUCUUCGGAGCCGCGCACUUCCACCACCUCUACGAGCGGAUCACCCUGUACGGAACACGGCCCUCGGCUGCAGUGACCCAGACGGCAGUGCAGGCAAGUGAACGCCCCCCCGCCGUGGGCGCGCCGCUCCGAUCCGCCCGACCACCGCGAUCCACCCGCAGCAACUCAGCUGCACGACCGGCGCGAACGUACCCGGUCGAAUGCGCCGAGCCGGAGCAGCCAGCUGCUCGUAUGACGCAACGACGCUAG